AUGACAGGCCUGUUCGGCAACAUCUCUUCCAACACAACCUCAGCUACCUCCACCACGACUGGUGAUAUCUCAAAAGAUGUAGCUCUUGUUUCGCCACCAGAGGAUAGUAUCUCAGAUCUCGCCUUUUCCUCGCAGAGUGAUCACCUUGCCGUUGCAUCAUGGGACAAGAAAGUGCGCAUCUACGAGAUCAAUGACCAGGGGAUGAGUGAAGGAAAGGCCAUGUUUGAACACCAGGCUCCCGUUCUCAAUUGCUGCUGGUCUCCGGAUGGCUCAAAAGUAGUUGGUGUCGGAGUAGAUAAAGCAGCCCGUAUGCUUGACCUUCAGGGUAAUCCUACCACUCCUGUCCAAGUUGCCGCUCAUGAUGCUCCGAUUCGAAGCUGCUGCAUGAUUCAAAACCCGGGAAACUCGGCCCAGCCACUUCUUGUCACUGGAUCGUGGGAUAAGACGGUCAAGUACUGGGAUCUCAGGCAGUCAUCCCCAAUUGGGACCCUUCAGUGCCAGGAAAGAGUCUACUCCAUGGAUGUCAGCAAAACCCUUCUAGUCGUUGCCACUGCUGACAGAUACAUCAACAUCAUCGACCUCAAUCAACCUACAAACAUUUACAAAGUCAUGCAGUCUCCGCUCAAAUGGCAGACAAGGGUCGUGAGCUGUUUCACCGACGGUACUGGAUUCGCAAUAGGCAGCAUUGAAGGCCGUUGCGCCAUCCAAUACGUUGAAGAGAAAGAUUCGAGUUCAAAUUUCAGUUUCAAGUGCCACCGUGAAACACCACAAGGCCAAUCUAAUGUCAGCAACGUUUACUCGGUCAACUCGAUUGCCUUCCACCCCCAACAUGGCACAUUCAGUACCGCCGGGAGCGAUGGUACCUUCCAUUUCUGGGAUAAAGAUGCGAAGCACCGGUUAAAGGGUUACCCAUCCGUCGGAGGAACCAUAUCCACCUCAACAUUCAACAGAAAUGGUAAUAUUUUUGCCUACGCCGUCAGCUAUGACUGGAGCAAAGGAUAUACUGGAAACACCCCACAAACACAAAAUAAAGUCAUGAUGCACCCAGUAACACCGGAGGAAGUGAAACCAAGGGCGACAUCGACAAAUGCGCGAAGGAACAGAUAA